CAGCCUGGUUAUCGCUUCGAUGUCCGCCGCUGCCGAUGCCGCGCGGACAUCCGAGGGAAAGAAAUGUGGGAUACCUAGCACCGGGGAGCACGAUCUUAUUGGAGAUCGCAGAGAAGAGACACCCCCCGACGACCACGACAAGCAGACGUGCUUUCCUCAAUCCACACCCGUGACGACAAUGUUGUCUGUACCCUUGCGCCUCCCAUCAUUGACCACCCUCCAUCAUCACUAUCAUCGGUCAACGGCAGCUUCAUCAUCUCCCUUCAUCGCCAAGACAAAGUCGAGGAAGCGCAAAAUGAGCAUGCUCGACGUCAUCUCGUCCCACCACCACACAAACCCGCUGUCCCUUCUUCGACAACACGAACAUCCCCAUCACCACCACCAUCAGCAGCAGCGACAAGCGACCCCAUCGUCGUUAUCAAUUGUAGCCGCGUCCGAUCUCCACCCAUUGACGAUCACAUCGACCACCUCCGUUCCUCCGACAAAGUCAACCCAACACGUUCACACGAGGGGCCGAACCAAGCGCGGCGGACGCGCGCAUGUUCCUGCCGCGCCAGCUCCGCGGACCGCGUCCAGCAUCGCGCGGCUGACGUCGGGAAAGGACGUGUGUGUGGUGGCGCACCAUGGGACUGUGGACUGGGUAGCCACGUACUACGUGUAUGGAUUUGACAAAAAUAGUCUUUUUCACCUCUUGGUUCCCCUUCGUCACCCCAACGAGCCUUGGACCGACGCGGAAACGGCGUACUUAACCAUCCUGGCGCGGCUGUUGCACCAAGGAACGAUGCGUGUGCCCCGGGGCAAGUCGUUGGAAGCGUAUUUAGCCGAGAAAUUGCACGCCCCCGAGCCCCGUAUUCGUGUGCAGUUGCAGACCGUCAAAUGUGAAAUCGAUGCCGAAACUGGUCGCCAAUUGUUAACAGAUGGACACCGGCCCAAGGGGGUUAUGACCCCCGACGAAGCCGCGCAACUGAAACAGUCCAAGGCAUCGUUCUUGCAAACACUGGAACCGGCCGUCGUCGCCGCCUUGCACGCCAACGCGAUCGACCAGUCGUGUGUGGUGUCGAUCAAGUAUUAACAAAACGUGACCAUUUUUGUACAGCAUGCUUCGUAUUCUAACACUAUUUAGCGACAGGUUGCCCUUGCCACUACAGUACCAUUCAUAUACAAUGAGUACGUAUGUACAUAAGAUGAACCAUCAACGUACGAGCCAAUUGCUGAGUAAAUCUGGCGCCGCGCGCACAAAGUCGUUCCAGGACACGCCGCGAUCUGGCUGCAGCACGACCUAUUAAAACACAUGAAUUAACAUUUGGCGACCA